AUGCCGAUCCAUUCCCUAUUCAGAAAACCCCCCAAAUCCCCUCUCACCAGCUCCUCUUUCCUUCUCAUUUCCAUGGCUUCUCUCAUUACCCUGCUCCUCGUCUCUUUCCUUCUCUUCCUCUCCUUCCCUUCUUCCUCCUCCUCUGUUUCCCAGCCCCGACCCCUUCGAAUUUUCCGAUCGCCGAAACCCAGAUCCAAAAAAGCCCCGAUUCGCUCCUCGUCGGCAGGACCGGUCCCGGCUCAGAUCGCUCAAGCCUGCAAUGCUACCAGAUUCCCCGACGUCUGUCAGUCUUCUCUGGCCAACCCCGCCGCGGCUCUCCCGAAAUCCCCAACUCCGAUUGACCUGAUUCAGUCGGCGAUCGCAGUCUGCUCUGCGAAUCUCUCCGUCGCGCAGUCCAUGGUGAAGUCGAUUCUGAGCUCUUCUUCCAACAUCAACCGUACCACCGCCGCGAAAAACUGCGUCGAGGUUCUCGCCAACUCGCAGCACCGCAUUCAGUCAGCCGCGGCCGGAGAAGCCCUCCGCGGCGGCGGGAGCGGAGGAGGAGGAAUUAAGGACGCGCGGGCGUGGAUGAGCGCUGCGCUGCUUUACCAGUACGACUGCCGGAACGCUCUCAUGUACGCAAACGACACGUCGUUGACGUCCCAAACGAUGUCGUUCCUCGACUCUCUAAUGAUGCUCUCCAGCAACGCUCUGAGUAUGCUUGUGGCCUAUGACGUUCACGGCAACGAGACCGGGUCGUGGGGCCCGCCCAAGACGGAGCGGGACGGGUUCUGGGAGAAGUCGGGCAGGGGUACAGGGCUGGGUUCAGGCGGUUUUCCGUCGGGGUUGAAGCCCGACGCGACGGUUUGCAAGAGCGGCGGAUGUGAUUUCGAGACGGUGCAGGCGGCGGUGGAUUCCGCGCCGUCCAAUCUGCCGACCGGCGGACGGAAGUUUAUUAUCGGGAUAAGGGAAGGGGUUUACGAGGAGAUCGUUAGGGUUCCGUUGGAGAAAAGGAAUUUGGUGUUCCUGGGAGACGGGAUGGGUCGAACCGUUAUCACCGGGUCGUUGGCCGUCGGCCAACCCGGGCUUUCCACGUACAACACGGCCACUGUCGCGGUUCUUGGCGAUGGAUUCAUGGCGAGCGGGCUGACGAUCCAGAACACGGCCGGAGCUCCGACCCACCAAGCAGUGGCGCUGAGAGUCGACAGCGAUCUGUCACUGAUCGAGAACUGCGAGCUCCUCGGCAACCAAGACACUCUCUACGCGCAUUCCCUCCGCCAGUACUACAAUUCUUGCCGGAUUCAGGGCAAUGUGGACUUCAUCUUCGGCAACUCUGCCGCGAUCUUCGACGACUGCACCAUCCUGGUGGCUCCGAGGCUGGUGAAGCCGGAAAAAGGUGAGAACAAUGCGGUGACUGCACAGGGCAGGACGGAUCCGGCGCAGUCUACUGGGUUCGUGUUCCAUGAUUGCCUGAUUAAUGGCACGGAGGAGUAUAUGAAGAUGUACCGUAGCAAUCCUAAGGUGCACAAGAACUAUCUGGGGAGGCCCUGGAAGGAGUUUUCCAGGACCGUGUUCAUACGAUGCAACAUGGAAGCACUUGUGACAGGGCAGGGGUGGAUGCCAUGGACAGGGGAUUUCGCGCUGGCAACGCUGUACUAUGGCGAGUUUGAGAGCUCCGGGGAUGGGGCGAAUCCGUCUGAGAGGGUCAAGUGGAGCAGUCAGGUGCCGGCGGAGCAUGUAGAGGCCUACUCUGUUCAGAACUUCAUUCAAGGAAAUGAAUGGAUUCCCAACACGUCCUCUUGAUCAAUUCCUGUGUAUUCUUCUUUGCAAUUGCAGUUAAUUAGGUUGAGCAGUGAAGUUGUAGAUGUAGAUGCCAGCAUGUAGUGCAGGUUUUCCAAAUGUAGAAACCAGUACGGUUGUAUAU